UUUGUGGACAAUGGCCCAAUGGACCCUCCCUUCCUCCACUCUUAUCCAAAGAACGUUCCUAGUUUAAUGGCGCAUCUGCAUUUUCGUCAACCUCCUCCCUGCUCUCCUCUCCCUCUCGUCUCCUCCCACACUGAAGAAGCAGAGAGCGACUGCUCCAAAGCCUCGUCCGUACAGUUCACGGCUCUGAAUUCAUCAAAAAAAUGGAUUGGGGUUCGAGUGGGGAAGAACCAACUUUGUGCGAAGAACUUUACAGUGUAAAUUUGAUACCGUCGGAGUUAUUUUUCAAGUUCCGGAAAGAAGUGAAGGAUUUAAGGGUCGGCCUCAAUCUGGAGUUUUAUAAUGCUCCAAUCAAUGAGUUUCAAGGAAAGAUUAUAUUGAAGCCGUUGGCUCCUGAACGGAUGUGGAAGUUCAUCUACGAGCCUAUCCAUCAGGAUGUUCGUGUUCUUUCAAAAAAGAUUCCUCUAACUGGAUAUCUAAAUCUUCAGCAGGUUGGCAUAGGCCAUAAUUUUCAAAUCAAUGCAACCGGGUGGAAAUGGAAACUUACUACUUGUUUUGGUGGAGAUGGCAUAUCUCGGAUCAGGAAUAAGACAUCGGUUGGCUUGGUCCCUGGUGUGGAUUUGCGCUUUGGGUGGAGGGCGGAUUAUGUUCUUCCUGAAAUUACCGGGGCGUUGGGUACUGGUGAACCGUGGUUCAACAUGAACUCGGGAAAGUUGCAAGCAUCACUAGAUAGAGUUGAGGCCAUCGUAAACUACACCGAUAUCUACAAUUUAUACAAGUCCAAAGACAAGGAACAGCAGCAGAGACCUGAAACGGAUGUAAUUUCUUAUUCCAGUCCUUCGGAUCCCUUAAAAUGAAGCGACUUUUCGCGCAAACGGGUUUGUUAAUGUUUCGUCACACAAUGGCCUUUCUGUGUGGAUCGAUGGAUAAGAGGACGCUGCAGAUUUGCACAAGUAAUUGUACAUGCUGUUGUGUCCUUGAGCUGAGCAUGCUUGCAAAUCAGAUCACGGUUUUUUCUACUUUUGUUGUUUGGCGUCGUGUAAAUGAUGUUUAAAUUUCUACCUAACGCAAUGUUCACCUCGUUCUCCA